CCAUCGUAGAGACCCCUAAUUACUUGUUUCUGACAAGUGUUUGCGUGUACAGCAAUUUAAAUUGUUCUUUUGUUUUUGUACGGUUUUUAGCAAAACAAAAAUGAAUCAGUGGCUUUUAGUAUUUUUAUUUGUUAACUUUCUUUAUUCUGGCCACGCCCUAGAGUGUUAUGUGUGUCAUAACCAAGAGGGUAACAUUGAAAAAUGUUUAAACACUAUAAAAACGUGUGAACAAGGAGAGGAUGUCUGCUAUUCGGAAAUAAAAUGGGGAAGUACACCCUAUUGGUCACAAGGGGCAAAAAAGCAAUUUUAUGUUUCCAAAAGAUGCUCGACGAGAAGAGAAUGCGAGAGAACGCGACUCAAUAACAUGAAUGAUUGUUCACACAUUUGGUAUCAAGAUUGGAAAUGUUCCGAAUGUUGUCAGGGUGAUCGGUGUAACUACUUUAUUAUAUCCGGAGCUGAGGAAGCACGAAUUUCAAGCACAGCUCUUAUUCUCAUCAGCUUCAUUCUUCCUUCUGCUGUAUUGAGAAUAUACACCUAAUAAAUACUUUUUUGUUAGGAUGUGACCACUCUUGAUUAACAGGAAUGUCUGUUAAAAAUUUUAGAUUCGCCAGAAAAAACAGUAUUAAUAAAUACAAUUGUUUGCAAAUUGUUAUAAACAAACUGGUGAACAAGAUUUAUGUCUUCUGCAUUUAAUAAGAAUAUAAAAGUAAAAAUAUCUAUGAAUCUCAACAAUGAUGUAUCGAAAGUGUCCAAUUAAGGCCUCCGAUAGAAAAAGUUUAUAUUUCUGCGAAUUUUUUAUAUUGGCGAAUUUACCGUAAUUUUAUUUCUGCCUAUAGAGAAGCACUCCAGAUCUCAAGUAGCUUAACAAUAAAGUAUUGAUAUUAGCUUGAUAUUAAAAAGUAAGUUAAACGUCGAUUUUUUAAUGUUUAUAACCAGGGUGGCCACCGAUCCGAGAAAAUCGGGAGUAAGUCGGGAGAGAAAUAUUAUAUCGGGGGAUCCCCCGUAUUUAAUAAUUCGCGCAUUAAAAUUUUUUUUAAGUUCCCAACUUUAAAAGGUGACUUUUGAUCUUCAAAAAUCACAUUUUUUAGUACCAAAAAUUCCAAAUUGAAAAAUAUUUUAUAUUGGAAAGUUUCUAGAAUGAAUAUAAACUCUGAAAGAAGAUUGGAAAUUAAAAACUUAAAAAUUGAGUAAAAAAAUAAAAAACGAUACUGCAUUUUUUAUUUUAAAGGGUUUGAGUAUAAAA